UCAUCUUUUUCCCCCAAGUUCUUUCAAGUAUCGUUUUCUACACAUAAUGACGGCUAAAACACAUAUCUUGUUUCUCAUCCUACUUCUCACAUUGUUCAAAACCAAAGCAAGACAACAUAGAAGCCAUAGCUCCUCUUCCUCACUCGUUUUCGGCUUGACCAGAUCUAGCACUUCACUUCCAAGACCCAAAUCCAAAACCCAGAUUACAAGGGUGAAAAGGCCGUCAGAAUCACUGGAUAUGAUGGAGCCUCUAAGAGAAGUGAGAGAUGGAUAUUUGAUAACCCUAAACUUAGGAACACCUCCACAAUCCGUGCAAAUCUACAUGGACACGGGAAGUGACCUCACUUGGGUCCCAUGUGGGAAUCUAAGUUUUGACUGUAUGGAUUGUGAUGACUACAAGAACAGCAAGGUCAUGUCCUCUUUCUCUCCUCUUCAUUCUUCUUCUUCUGUUAGAGCCUCUUGUGCAAGUUCCUUCUGCGUCGAUAUUCAUAGCUCUGACAAUCCCUUUGAUCCUUGUGCAAUAGCCGGCUGUUCUGUCAGUAUGUUGCUUAAGUCCACUUGUUUAAGGCCUUGUCCUUCCUUUGCUUACACUUAUGGCGAAGGCGGUCUUGUCUCGGGGACAUUGACAAGGGACACACUCCAGGCCAGAACUAGGGUUAUCCCUAGGUUCUGCUUCGGCUGUGUAGCCUCUACAUACCGUGAACCCAUCGGUAUAGCUGGUUUUGGAAGAGGGCUUCUCUCUCUACCCUCACAGCUAGGGUUUCUUCAAAAGGGCUUUACUCAUUGUUUCUUGCCCUUCAAGUUUGCCAACAACCCUAACAUCACUAGCCCUCUAAUCUUGGGAGAUUCCGCGAUUUCGCACAAUGAUACCGCCUCUUUGCAGUUCACCCCCAUGUUAACGAGUCCUAUGUACCCGAAUUAUUACUACGUUGGUCUAGAAACCAUUGCCGUAGGCAAUGCUAGUGCAACACAAGUGCCCUUAACAUUAAGACAGUUUGAUUCGCAAGGAAAUGGAGGAAUGUUGAUUGAUUCAGGCACCACUUACACACACUUGCCUGACCCUUUCUACUCUGAGCUCCUUACAACAUUGCAAUCAACCAUAUCAUACCCUAGAGCUACAGAUACAGAAGAAAGAACAGGCUUUGAUCUAUGCUACAGAGUACCAUGCCCAAACAACGAUCUCGACAGUUCCAACAUCGUCGAAACUGUCUUUCCUCCAAUCACAUUCCAUUUCCUGAACAAUGUGACCCUUCUUUUGCCGCAAGGAAACUCCUUUUACGCCAUGAGCGCGCCAAGCAAUGGCACGGUGGUGAAGUGCCUGUUGUUUCAGGGAAUGGAUGACGGAGAUUAUGGACCGGCCGGUGUCUUUGGAAGCUUUCAGCAGCAAAAUGUGAAAGUUGUUUAUGAUUUAUCGAAUGAGAGAGUUGGAUUUCAAGCCAUGGACUGUGCCUCAUGGGCUGUCUCAGAGGGACUUUACCAUGGCUCAUGAAGAACAUCUAGUCGUGAUUUUUGUACCUUUUGUUUUUGGUUUUUGGUUGAUGAUCUCAAGUUGAUCAACGACUGUUUUUGUUGUGUUCUUGUUUUCCCGCCCAAAUCUUGGGACUGAACUCUUUCAAUGUCUUGAGUGAUGCAUGUUUAUGUUUCAUGCC